AUGUCAGAUGGAGACUGUGUGUGGUUAGACGAUGAAGGCGUGUACGUGUGUGAAGCUGAGAACCCGUUCGGAACCAUCAGAACUGAAAUCACAAUCACAGUCACCGGACUCGAGCCUCCUCUAUUGGCUCAGGUGGCUGCAGUGAUCACCACCCUGAUUGGUCAGUCCCUCACUGUUCCCUGCAUGCUAUUGGACGGUGUGCCUCUUCCUGACAGAGUCUGGACACACAACGGAAAACAGGUUGACUUCAGCAGUCGUGUGUAUCUCCGUAGCGACGGCAGUCUGCACGUGGAGAAGGCCGCCCCCGAGGAUUCUGGGAUAUAUGUGUGCACCGCCAUCAACGUAGCGGGCUCUGCUAACAUUAGCACUAGCCUGGAGGUGCACGUUCCUCCUGAGAUCUCUGCUGGUCCCCUCCACUACCAGGCUAAUGAAGACUCCCCCAUCUCCCUCUCCUGCCCAGCUACUGGGGUACCCAGACCUACUGUCACAUGGAGCAAGGGCCGUGUGUCUGCCCCCCACGCCCCCCCUCUGCACUGGGACAGUGAGGGAUCUCUCCACCUGCCCAGCCCCCGACCGGAGGACGCCGGAGUGUAUGUGUGUACGGCCUCCAGCCCCGCCGGGUACACCAGCAGAGAGGUGCAGCUCACAGUCAACACGCGUCCUAAGCUCGUUGGUGUUGAGGAGUCUUCUGUUCCCGUCAAGAUGGCCGCGGAGGCGGGGUCGGAUAUCAUCCUGCCCUGUGAUGUCACCGGAAGCCCCGCCCCCCAGGUCACAUGGUCACGCAACGGACACCCCAUACCACCUGUUACAGCAUGGUUUUCAGUGUUGCCAUCCGGUUCUCUGAAGAUUUCGGACGUGCGUUUGAUUGACAGCAAACAGUACACCUGCUCAGCUGCCAACCCUGCCGGGAACGUGUCGCUAACAUACACUCUACAGGUCACAGCUAAGCCGCGUAUCCAGGCGGGUCCGUCUCGUCUGAAGGCUCUGAUUGGCCAGUCGGUGGCGUUGCCGUGUGUUGCCACAGGAGAGCCCCGCCCCCAGGUCACAUGGUACCAUGACGACCGUCCCCUAGGCAACCAGAACACACACACCAUCGCCGCAGUGACGCACGCGCACGCCGGAACAUACCGGUGCACCGCGCGGAACACGGCGGGAGAGGAGUCCAUACACACCACACUGGAGGUCUUAGAGGCGCCCCACUUUGAGGAGAAUGGAGAGGUCAUCAUUGAGAAGGUCGCCCACAGUCAAGUCACCAUCCCCUGCCCUGCACGAGGGUCUCCGCAGCCGAAGGUGCGCUGGUUUAAGAACGGCCUGGAGGUCUCUAUCAGCCAAUCACAUCGCCCGGAGCAGCUCUCUCCCACCCAAUCAGAAGGCCUCCUCAGCAGGACCCCAGACGGCUCGCUCCUGAUUGGUUCCCUGUCAGCCAGUCACAGCGGAGACUACAAGUGUGUGGCCACCAAUGAGGCGGGCUCUGUGGAGAGGAAGACCCGCCUCAAAGUCAUCGUUCCUCCAGAGAUCCAGGACGAUGGGCAGCCGUUGAACCUGACCGUGACCCAGAAACAGCCCCUGACUCUGGGCUGCGACGCCACCGGCCUCCCCUCCCCCUCCAUCACCUGGACCAAGGACGGACGGCCAGUGGUGGAGACCCCAGGUGUGUAUGUCCAGAACGGUAACCGCCUGCUCCGGAUCUACCGCGUGCAACCGGGACACUCCGGAACGUUCUCAUGCAGCGCACAGAACCCCGCGGGACACACACACCGACACUACCACAUCGACGUGCAAGCUCCUCCUGUCAUCUCAGGGUCUGGUGGUGUUCAGGACGUCAUGGCAGUUAUCGACCAGCAGGUGGAGAUGGAGUGCAGAGUCAGCGGGAAACCUCUUCCUACAAUAGAGUGGACACGUGACGGAGAGGUGUUGUCUGCGAGUGGCGACCCCCACGUGAGGCUCCUUCAGCAGGGGCAGGUGCUGCGCAUCAGGUCCUCUCUCCUCAGGGACCAGGGACUCUACUCAUGCACCGCAACCAACAACGCAGGCACACACACACGCCGAUACAGGCUCACCAUACAGGCCCCCCCCUCCAUCCAAGGUUCGGGGCCCCCCCGAGAGGUGUCUGUAGUGUUGGGUUUCCCGGUGGUGCUCAGGUGCGAUGCGGAGGGAUCCCCUCCCCCCUCCAUCACCUGGCUCAGGGGCGGGGCUCCACUCGUCUCAGGCCCGAGGCAUACCUACCUCCACGGGGGUCGUGAGCUCCACCUGGUGUCCGUGAGUGGUAAUGACGCCGACACAUACAGCUGCAGAGCGACCAACGCAGCGGGCAACGCACAGCAGCAAUAUACACUCAGCGUACUGGUCCCUCCACAGAUAGAGGUUGCUGAGUCUUCAGUGAUUUCCGGGCGUCGUGAAGAGAAGGUUCGAAUCAACGGAACCCUGAUGCUCUCCUGCCUGGCCAAAGCUUUCCCUGAACCCACAACACAGUGGUUUAAAGACGGACAGCUGGUAAAGGCGUCUUCUCUUCCUGGUCUGAGUGCCGAGGGUCACCUGUUAUAUCUGCGUAACGCCUCUCUUGGCCACCAGGGGCAGUACACCUGUGUAGUCACCAACACGGCCGGAGAGGACAAGAGGGACUUCCACAUCACUGUACAGGUGCCCCCUAUCGUGCAGCGUGUGAGUGGAGGUGUGAGUGUGCUGGGCUGGGGUCUGGGUGGCGGUGAUGGCGGUGAGGAUGAUGAUGGUGGUCGUGAUGGUGAUGAUGGUGGUCGUCAUGGUGAUGAAGAUGGUGGUUAUGUGGAGCGCAUGGAGGUGGUGCUGGGUCAUCCCGUCUCCCUCGCCUGCCAGAGCAACGCCAUCCCCCCCCCACACACACACUGGUACCGACACGGGCAGGAGAUCACGAGCACGCCCGCAGCAGUGCUGUUACCAGGUGGCCAGGUGCUGCAGAUUCCGCGUGUGCAGCUAGAGGAUUCUGGGAAGUACACGUGCGAGGCCGUCAACGAGGCCGGCCAGGACACCAUGACCUUUGACCUGGAAGUACUCGUUGCCCCGGCGAUCUCCAGCCAAUCAGAGGAGUUCAUGGAAGAGGUGAGCGCGGUGGUGAACAGCUCGGUGGUGCUACGCUGCGACGCUACCGGCAACCCCCCGCCCACGCUGUCAUGGUUACGGGACGGGCGCCCGCUAUUCGGAGGACACGACCACCACAUACUGGAGGACGGGGCAGCACUGGAGUUGACGCGUGUGCAGGUGUCGGACAUGGCUGGGUAUCUGUGUGUGGCAGAGAACAAAGUGGGAGCCGUGGAGAAGCUCUUCAGUCUCUCAGUACAGGUUCCGCCAAAGAUGAUUGGCUCGUCCGAGGAGGAAGUGAGUGUGGUGGAGGGUCACAUGGCUUCGUUGCUAUGCGACGUCCAAUCAUAUCCCACCCCCGACAUCACAUGGACACGAGACGGGCAGCUGCUGCAGUUUAACACUGGAAUGCACAUACUGCCAGGUGGUCAGAUGCUUCAGAUCCCGCGUGUGCGUCAGGAGGAUUCUGGUCAGUACGUUUGCACGGCGACCAACUCAGCAGGACAAGACCAGAAGAGCAUACUACUCAACGUCUAUGUCUUGCCGUCGCUGGUUCCGCGUGCGGAGCAUGAGUCGGAGGUCGUGACCCCUGCGCUGGGGUCGUCUGUGUCGCUGCGGUGCGAGGCCAAGGGGUCACCUGACCCAGAGGUCACAUGGUACAGAAACGGACUCCAGCUGACAGACGGACACGGACUCAAGAUACACACACACACACUGGAUAUACAGGAGAUACAGGUGUCUGAUGGGGGGGUGUACACUUGUAAGGUUUCUAACGUGGCUGGACAGGUGGACCGCACCUUCAGAGUCAACAUACACGUGCCCCCGGUGGUGGGAGGUCCACCUGAGGAGUCCGUCAGCCAGACGUUGGGGACACAUGCCACCUUGCUGUGCGAGGCCAGCGGAGUCCCCACCCCCACGGUCACGUGGCUCAAGGACGGCACACCCAUUGAGAGUAGUCUCCAGUGGCAGUGGUCAGUGCGCGGCAGCAGGCUAGAGCUUGGCCCCUUACAGCUCUCACAUGCCGGGACAUACACCUGCCUCGCCGAGAACACACUCGGACACGCUCAGAAGCAAUACACACUCACUGUACAAGUGUCCCCCAGCAUCCUGGACUCUGGCCGUCCGUCGGAGGUGAGUGUGUCAGUGGGGGGUGAGGUGACGUUGGAAUGUCGCGUUGUGGGGACGCCCCCCCCUCAGGUUACUUGGAUACGAGACGGACACACACUCCAGCAAGCGGAACACACACACAUCACCAUGUCUCCGGAUGGGAGCAGCCUGACGUUGAGUCCGGUGGCGUUAGAUGACGGAGGCACCUACACCUGUCUAGCAAGCAGCCCAGCCGGCCAAGAGAGCAAGAUACACACACUACUAGUCAUGGUGCCCCCGUCCAUCGCUGGUGAGAGUGACAGCUCGUCUCCUCGUGAGGUGGUUGCUACGCAGGACAGCACGGUGACCAUGGAAUGCCAGACCACAGGAAGUCCCGCCCCCCUGAUCAGCUGGCUGCGUAACGGACGGCCCCUCAGCCUAUCAGCACGCACCAGGCUGCUCAGCCAGGACACACUGCUCAGGAUAUCUCCAGUGCAGUUGUCUGAUUCAGGUGUGUACACCUGCGUUGCCCAGAGUAGAGCUGGUCGCGCCGAACUCAACUUUGACCUUCAGGUUCAAGUUCCUCCAGGAGUGGACCAUGUGGAGCCCACUGAGCAGGUCACCGUGGUAACGGGCUCCCAGGUGGCGUUGACGUGCGAGGCUCGUGGAGUCCCGCCCCCCGUGCUCACCUGGCUGAAGGACGGCCAGGAGCUCUCGCUGCAGCGCAACCUGCUAUUGGACGGCCAGGAGACCCGCCUCCUGCUGCCUCACGUCCUAUUGGAGGACGCCGGGCUCUACAGCUGCACGGCGGCCAAUCAGGCGGGCUCCAGCACCAAGACCUUCAACCUUACGGUGCUGGAGCCUCCUCGUAUCUCUGGCCCCUCUGGUCCUGAGGAGAUGCUGGUUGCCGUGGGCAGCGAGCUGCAGCUGGAGUGCGUUGCCGAGGGAACGCCCCCCCCAUCGCUCAGCUGGCUGAAGGACGGGCGCCCCCUGGGGGAGGAGUCAGACCUGGUGGAGAGGGCGGGGCAAAUACUACGCAUCAAUAAAGUCACGGUGGAGGAUGCUGGCUUGUACACCUGUCUGGCUACUAGUCCUGCUGGAGAGGACGGCAAGAACCACUGGGUACGAGUACAAGUUCCGCCCACCCUGCUGGGUUCCGAUGACGUCAGACUGGUUACCGUGCCGAUGAAAGGUCACCUGACCCUGGAGUGCCAGACGGAUGGAGACCCGCCCCCAACCAUCGAGUGGAUCAAAGAUGACCAAGCACUACAGCUGGGUGGUCGUAUCCAGAGCGUGGCCGGUGGCCAGAUCCUGGAGAUUGGGGACGUGAGAGCGGAGGACAGCGGCCAUUACAGCUGCAGAGUCACCAACAUGGCCGGCAGCACCAGCCUGUUCUUCAGUGUGGAGAUACUACUGCCCCCGGUGAUCCGAGAGGGCAGCUCAGUGGUCACCGCACAUGUCAAUCAAGACGCCGUCCUACCGUGCGAGGUGGAGGGCGGGACCAACCCCUCUGUGGUCUGGAGGCGGGACACUGGGCUGCUGGCGCUAGGCAACGGCAGGUACACUGUGCUGUCGGAGGGUUCCUUGAGGGUGGAGUCUGUUCAGGCGACGGAUGCCGGGCGAUAUUAUUGCUCCGCCUCCAACGCGGCUGGCUCAGACCACAAGCACACAGACCUCAGAGUCAGCGUGCCCCCCUCCAUCUCUCCUGGUCCCCUUAACGUGACGGUGACGUCUGGUCUCCGUGCGCUGCUCAGCUGUGAUGUCACCGGCUCUCCCGUUCCCACGGUAACCUGGAGGAGGAACGGAAACCCUAUCAACACCGAUCUCACCUCCAUACACUACAGGCUGCUGCCGUCUGGUUCUCUCGUCCUAUUGGCUGCCUCUGAGGAGGAUGACGGAUACUUUGAGUGUGUGGCUGAAAACCUGGCGGGAGAGGAGCGAAGACUCAUACAGGUCACACUACAAGUGCCCCCGACCAUUGAGGACGACGUAACCAUGGUGACUGCGGUGAAGAUGUCCCCUGUCACGUUGCCGUGUCACUCGGCCGGACGGCCUCAACCCCUCGUCACCUGGAGCAAGAACGGAGCGCAGCUGGGAAACAGAGGAGGACACUACAGAAUACUGCCCACAGGUGCUCUGGAGAUCACCGCCAGUCUGCCGAGUCACGCGGGGCGAUACACCUGUGCAGCACGCAACCCCUCAGGAGUGGCAUACAAACACACCACGCUCAGCGUACAGGAGCCUCCUGAGAUUCGACCAAUGGCUGAGGAGAUUGAGGUGGUGCUGCAUCAGGGCGUGGUGUUGCCGUGCGACACUCAGGGAUUCCCCCGACCCUCCAUCAUCUGGCAACGAGAGGGCGUUCCCCUGGCAACCACCGGUCAUCGUAUGGCGGUUCUGUCUAGUGGAGCUUUGAAGUUCUCUCGCGUAACCCUGGGAGACGCUGGAACCUACCAGUGUCUGGCCCAGAACUCAGCCGGAACCGCCGUGGGGAACACACGCCUGGUGCUGCAAGUUCCCCCGGUAUUGAGUGUGCCUGUCCUGGACUACAAUGCGGUGCUGGGGGGUUCUGUUAGUCUGGAGUGUGUAGCGGACGGCCAGCCCCGUCCCCAACUCAGCUGGACUAGAGACCAUCGCCCCCUAGUGGACGGAACACACACGCGCAUCUACGCCAACGGAACGCUGCACCUCACCGCCGUAACCCGCAGCAACGCCGGAACUUACACAUGCUCCGCCCACAACGCAGCCGGACGAGCCAGCCAGGACAUCAGACUGACCGUGCAGAUCCCGCCCAUGAUCCCGGUUGGCCAGUCGGAGCUGUCCGUCAUGCAGGGUUUCCAGGCGCUGUUGCCGUGCGCCGCCCAGGGCCUUCCGGAACCCCGGGUCAGCUGGGAGCGCCGCGGAAUUCUAGUGCCCAACCGGCCCGGAAAAUACACCACCCUGCGCUCAGGAGAACUCAUCAUCGAGAGAGCAGAGGCGGGUGACGCGGGUGUGUUUACAUGUGUGGCCACCAACGCUGCUGGCUCCGCCCGCCAUGACAUCACGCUGUCCGUCAACGUAAGGCCCGCCUUCAAAGAGCUCCCAUUGGACCUUACCCUCAACAAAGGACAGAAGCUCCUCCUACCGUGCCACGCCCAGGGAACGCCCACACCCACAGUCACGUGGAGUAUAAAUAAUACACCACUUACAGGCGUGACUGUAGAUGAGUCCGGUCGCAGUACUCUGGUCAUCGAGAACGUCACAGCAGCCGACGCCGGAACAUACAUGUGUGUGGCCGAGAACUCAGUCGGCAGCGUACGGGCACUGUCAUUCGUACGCAUCAGAGAGCCCCCUUCCUUGAGAGGCGAGGCCCACACCAGCCAAUCCGUGCCGGCGGGAGGUGUGGCCAUGCUGGACUGUGCUGUGAUUGGUGACCCUCUUCCAAACCUGCGCUGGUUCCGAGACGGACGGCCCCUUUUGGGCUCCACCCGCCUCCAGCCCCUACGCAACGGCUCAUUGGCUGUCUACAGCGCCACGGGUGGGGACUCUGGAGAGUAUCGGUGUGUAGCGGAGAGUGAAGCUGGAACAGCAGAGAGGACCAUCACACUCAGAGUACAGAUUCCUGGGGGCUACUCCAGUUGGCAGGCGUGGGGGCCGUGCAGCGUAACAUGUGGGCGGGGCAUGCAGGAGCGAAUCAGAUCGUGCGACAGCCCGGCUCCAGCCAAUGGCGGCCCUCCGUGUGAGGGAGCCAGUACGGAGACCAGAGGAUGCCAAGCCUCACUAUGCCCAGGUGAGUCUCCUCGGCGUGCGCGGGGUAGUCUUAUCGGCAUGGUGAACGAGCGGGAGUUUGGAGUGGCGUUCCUGGAGGCCAAUAUCACUGACCAUCCACAAGAUGGCGCCAGCACCAUACAGGCACACGUGGACAACGUACCACCUAGUGUUGGUCCUCUGUUGCGAGUGCUGGUGUGUGUGUUCACUCCUAUCUACUGGUCGUCAGUGCUGCAGUCGCAGGGCACGGUGAACGGAUACACACACACACACGGCCACUUCAGACAGGAGUCCCAGCUGGAGUUCCCAACAGGGGAGGUUCUGAAGUUGACCCAUGUGGCUCGUGGUCUGGACCCUGAUGGAGUUCUACUGGUGGACAUCGUCAUCAACGGAUACCUGCCCCCCGCACUGGCUAACACACACCUCAACAUACAGGAGUUUGAUGAGUCCUACGUGCAGACGGGGCCCGGCCAGCUCUACGCCUGGUCCUCCCAGAACCUGGGGCCCGGGGUCGGGGACGGGGGUCUGCAGGGGGGCCCCGAGUUUGAGUUUGGGGACCCCCUGUCGGUGCGCUGCAACCACUCGCUCGUGUUCGAGGGCCCCCAGGAGAGGCAGGGGCCCCUAUUGCAGCUACUGAAGCUCUCAGGAAUCAGUGGACUAUACAGCAGCCUGACACUCAGUCUGGAACUGGAGAUGACGGCUACACUACUGCUACCAGAUGGUGAGGGGGAGUCCUGUCCAAAUGGCUUCGUGCUUGACACAGCCUCAUACUGCACUGAUGAGGAUGAGUGUGAGGUGGGGUCUCCGUGUUCUCACUCCUGUAACAACAUCAUGGGAGGAUUCUCCUGCACCUGCCCCACCGGAUUCUCCAUCUCACCGCGAUCACACACCUGUCAAGAUAUUGAUGAGUGUGUGCAGGGUUCCCAUAUGUGCCACUAUAACCAGCUGUGUGUCAACACUGUGGGCACCUAUCGCUGCCAAGCCAAGUGCGGACACGGAUUCAAACCCAGCCUCACCGCCACAGGCUGCGAAGACGUAGAUGAGUGUCGGGAGUCGUCCGUGUCGCCAUGCCAACAUCAGUGUGUCAACACUCUGGGCUCCUACCGAUGCUCCUGUCACCCGGGAUACCAGAUGUCUGGACACCGCUGCCUAGACAUCAAUGAGUGUCUGCGGAGUGUGUGUCCGGCCAAUCAGCAGUGUCGGAACACGGAGGGCGGUUACGAGUGUGUGGACAGCUGCCCGUCAGGAUUCACACCCGCAGAGGACGGGACCUGCACAGACAUAGAUGAGUGCCAGGACGGGAGCCACUUGUGUCGCUACACGCAGGUCUGCCAGAACACUGUGGGGGGGUACGGGUGUGUGUGUCCGCGCGGCUACAGCUCGCAAGGAGUAGGACGACCAUGCAUAGACAUCGACGAGUGUCUUCAGAGUCCCAGUCCGUGUGCGUUCCAGUGUCGGAAUGUUCCAGGCAGCUUCCGGUGUCUGUGUCCGGCGGGAACCGUGUUGCUAGGAGACGGGAGAUCGUGCGCAGGGCUGGAGCGCGGACACACACUGCGGAACGGGACGCGGGUUCGCGUGCCCCUGCGUCCGCAGCUGGUGUCGACGUUGGGCAGGCCGUACCUGCAGCAGACUCACCUGAACACACACCUGAACCCCAACGGCCGGCCGCCCAGCUCACGAAGCCCCCGACACGGCUGCCCACCUGGAUACACCAGCCACCAGGGGGCAUGCAUGGACAUAGAUGAGUGUGCCCAGAGGAAGCCGUGUCAGCACGAGUGUGUGAACACACAGGGAAGCUACAGCUGCACAUGCCCACCAGGAUAUCAGCUCACGGCCAACGCACGCACCUGCAGAGAUAUUGAUGAGUGUUCGGAGCAGGGUAUCCAGUGUGGCCCCAGCCAGAUGUGUUUCAACACCAGAGGAGCAUACCAGUGUCUGGACACCCCCUGCCCUGCGCAAUACACACACACUGGAACACCGGGGACGUGCUACCGGCCGUGCUCUCGACUCGACUGUGCCCCCGGUGGCUCCCCGUUGCUACUGCAGUAUAAGCUGUUGCCCCUCCCCCUAGGCAUUCCAGCCAAUCACAACGUGGUUCGUCUCUCCGCCUUCUCGGAGGCGGGCGUUCUGCAGGAGCGCACUUCUUUCCGGUUGCUGGAGCAACAACAGUCUCCGCUGGCGACGGUCUCCAAUGGCAACCAGCCGUACCGGCGUUCCGCAGCGGGGCCCUUCGGUAUCCGUGACGAGAGGGGGCGGGGCAUCAUCUUCACAGUGCGGCCGCUAGACAGCGCGGGAUUGGUCAGACUCAGAGUGCAGGCCACCACUCUCAACCAGGACGGACGAAUCACGUACCAGAGCAUCUUCAUCAUUUACAUAUCGAUAUCCACCUACCCCUACUGAACACACACACACACACACACACACACACACACACACACACACACACACACACACACACACACACACACAAGGACCCCUGCUGAACAGACACACAGUACUUAUAAACACUGACUUAAAGAGACAAUGUCUGUAAAUACACACACACACACACACACACCAGAAUAACAGAAUAACACACACCCUGCCUUGGCCCUGAUGAAGUGUAGUAGCUAUUUUCAUAAUGUCUCAAUCUGAACCGGCACGUCACUUCUCUCCAAAUAACUGCAGAUCAUUCAUUCUCAGACUCACAAAUAAAGACUGCUUACACACUCGGAAACACAAAUAAAGACUGCUUACACACUCAUGACGUAUAGAAACACUUGGACACAUACGUGAAUUACAGACUGCUCUCAGAUACACAUGUGAAGUCUGCUCCCGUUACGA